AUGACUAGCAUUUACCUGUUUGGUGACCAAACUAUCCAUGCUGAUGAAGCCCUUCAUACCCUACUACAUAUAAAGAACAACCCGAUAUUACGCUCUUUCCUUGAUGAAGCCUUCUCAGCUAUCCAGCAGGAGAUAUCCUACCUCCCGGCAAGUGAACGAUCCUCGCUACCCAACACACAUACCCUUGCCCUUUUGCUGGAUGGUAUCAAGAAGGAACGACGCCAUGUCGCGCUGGAAAGUACUAUGGUAUGCCUAUGCGAGAUAGGAGAAUAUAUUAGGCUCUUAGACACUACCGACCUUUGCCACCCUCCAACCAACUCCUUACUGGUCGGGUUUUGCACGGGAUCCCUCGCAGCCGCCGCGGUUGCUUGCUCUCGAACGACUACGGACCUGCAGGCCCUCGGAGUCGAGGCUGUAGUAGUUGCAUUUCGGGUUGGCAUGCAUGUAGCUCGGCGAGCUAAUACACUUGUCGCUGAAAACCCCACACACUUAGAAUCUUGGACAGUCAUCGUAGCGGAUAAAUCGGAAUCACAAGUGGAAGGUCUACUUCAGAUCUUUAUUAAUGAGAAGGAUCUACCGGUACUUAUGAGACCAUACAUCAGCGCCGUUGGAAACAAUACAGUUACAAUCAGCGGGAGUCCCAAGGUUCUUCAGGCAUUAAGCGACUCCUCACACUUUGCUGACAGGAAGGCCUUUCCCGUGCCUAUAUAUGCACCAUAUCAUGCAGGACACAUAUUCUGUGAGGCGGAUGUCGACAGCAUCCUCCAGUUCAGAUAUAUGACCAACUUCGUUCAGCAGCAGACCCUCAAGACGCCCCUGAUUUCAUGUGCUACUGGAAGGUUCCUGGAGGAGACUGUAUUCAGUGACAUUCUCCGCGCGUUGGUCACAGAGAUAUUGACCUGCCAGAUCCGAUUUGACAAGGUUGACGAAAGCAUCGUUCGGCAGAUUGAACGCACCCCCGCCCAACUAAUCCCUCUGCACACACACAUUGCCUCUAGAUUGACAACAUCAUUGAGUGAGAUUGGGGUGGAAGUAAAAUGUCUUACAAGUCGAAGACCACAAGACCAGUUUGCAGUGACUCAGCGACAGCCUCCCAGUGAUGAUGCGUCUAAAAUCGCUAUCACUGGUUUCAGUGGUCGCUUCCCAGAAGCCGACGGGCUGGCCGAGUUCUGGGCCCUCUUACAGGAAGGAUUGGAUGUCCAUAAGCCCAUCCCUGCCGACAGAUUUGACCGCGAGGCCCAUUAUGAUGCCUCUCUCGGACGGAAGAACACGAGUCGCAUCCGACAUGGUUGCUGGAUCCGCAACCCCGGCUUGUUUGACGCACGGUUUUUCCAAAUGUCGCCACGUGAAGCACACCAGUCGGACCCUGCCCAGCGCCUGGCACUUCUCACUGCGUACGAAGCCAUGGAAAUGGCCGGGUUUGUCCCAGAUCGAACCCCCUCUGGCCGACGAGACCGUGUUGGUGUGUAUUAUGGCAUGACGAGCGAUGACUGGCGCGAGGUCAACAGUAGCCAAGACAUCGAUACAUACUAUAUUCCUGGUGGGAUUAGGGCGUUCGUUCCUGGCCGCCUCAACUACUUCUUUAAAUUUAGUGGACCGAGUGUUUCAGUCGACACUGCGUGUUCGUCUAGCUUGGCUGCUAUUAAUGUUGCCUGUACUGCGCUAUUGAACCGUGACUGUGACACUGCUUUAGCUGGGGGAACAAAUAUCCUGACAAACCCAGACAACUUUGCUGGUCUUGACCGGGGCCAUUUCCUCUCAUCCACUGGAAACUGUAAGACAUUCGACGACGACGCUGAUGGAUAUUGCCGUGCAGAUGGUGUGGGCACCGUCAUCCUUAAGCGCCUAUCCGAUGCUAUAGCGGACAGUGACCCUAUAUUUGGCGUGGUUGUUGGCGCGCAAACAUCUCACUCGGCAGAAGCUGUUUCUAUCACGCGUCCAUUAGCUGAUGCGCAGGCAAGUUUGUUCAGGCAACUGCUGACUGCGUCUGGCAUUCAUCCCCACGAUAUUAGCUAUAUUGAGAUGCACGGGACAGGGACGCAGGCAGGCGAUGCAGUUGAGAUGAAAUCAGUGCUUCAGAGUUUCGCCUGGGAUAAUCGUCGUGGCCCCGAUAGACCUUUGCAUCUAGGAUCAGUGAAGGCCAAUGUUGGUCAUGGAGAAUCAGCAUCAGGGGUGACGGCGUUGAUUAAGGUCCUACUGAUGAUGCAGAAAAGUCGCAUUCCACCUCACUGUGGCAUCAAGGGGAAGAUCAAUUCUCGCUUCCCUACUGAUCUAACACAACGCAAUGUCCAUAUCGCGCUGACGGAAACCGAAUGGAUACGCCCGGUGGGUGGGAAACGCCGUUCGUUCGUGAACAAUUUCUCUGCAGCUGGAGGUAAUACCGCGUUGUUGCUUGAAGAUGCCCCAUCAUCCAACAUAGAAAAUUUGGCAGAUCCACGACGAUACCAUACUGUGGCUGUGUCUGCUCGAUCCUUGAAAGCUCUCUCAAGGAAUAUGGAGGCACUAGCAGAGUUUAUUGGAAGCGAUACAUGUCCAGAUUUGCUUGCCCGCAUCGCGUACACGACAACAGCCAGGCGUAUGCACCACUCAUACCGAGCUUCCGUGACAGGGAAUACGUUGCAAGACGUCAAACGGCAGUUGUUGGAUACCGCUGCUUCACCAGAUGUCGAGCCGUGUCCUACUAAAUGUCCUGAUCUGGGAUUUCUAUUCACAGGCCAGGGUGCACAGCAGACAGCAAUGGCACGGGAGCUUUAUGAGAACUUUACAUCCUUCCGUGACGAUAUAGCAAAUUUUGAUGCCGUUGGUCGCGGGUACGGAUUCUCUUCUAUCCUUCCCCUGAUAACAGGUGCAGUCGACAUCGCUGAGCUGUCCCCAAUAAUAAUCCAGCUCGGAACAGUGGUAAUCCAGAUAGCGAUGGCACGACUGUGGCAAAACUGGGGUGUGAUUCCAGGCUACGUGCUAGGCCACAGUCUUGGUGAAUAUGCGGCGCUCCACCUGGCAGGUGUUCUCAGCAUCAGUGAUACAAUCUACUUAGCUGGAUCGCGCGCUGCCUUACUAGAGAAAAGAUGCACCGCUGGCUCUCAUGGCAUGUUAGCUGUCAAGGCUUCGUUGGCUGACCUAGAAGGAGUACUGAAGGAUGUGCGGGUAGAAGUGGCGUGUAUAAAUGGUCGCGAUGAUACAGUUUUGAGUGGCUCUAACUUCGAGAUUGAUCGUACAUCCAGCAAGCUAUCGGAACAAAGAGUUAUAUUCAAGAAGCUCACUUUACCGUUCGCCUUUCACUCGUCGCAAGUUGACCCGAUACUGGAAGAACUCGAACACAUCGCCAGCCGAGUGACAUUCCAAGCCCCAAAGAUUCCCAUUGUUUCGCCCUUGCUCUGUCGCAUUAUCACAGAGGAGGGAGUCAUUCGCGCCGGCUAUGUUCGCCGACACUGUCGUGAGCCUGUGGACUUCCUCGGCGCCUUACGGGCAGCUCGGCGUGCGGGCAUUAUUGACUCCGGUGCUUUGGCAGUGGAGAUCGGUGGCCACCCUAUCCUAGCGCGCUUACUGAAGGAUGUGACAGUAUGCCCAACCUUAUCUCAACGUGAUGAUACCUUUAAGACCCUCGCCAACUCAUUGUCAGUCUUGCACUGUGCAGGAGUGCCGCUGAACUGGGGCGAGUAUCAUCGGGACUUCAAGGGCAGCCACCAGGUUGUUACGCUUCCCGGUUAUAGCUGGGACUACCAGAAUUACUGGAUCCAGUACGAGAAUAACUUUUGUCUAACCAAGGGGUGCCUUGUACAGUCAGGGAAGGGCCAGGCGGUUCCAUUAGCUUCUACAAGAUUGAGCCCCUCUGUUCAGAGGAUUGUGGAAGAGCAAGUCAAAGACACACACGUAAUUGUCGUCAUUGAAUCGGACCUGAACGACCCUGAACUACUACCAGUAGCGCUCGAACACAAAGUAAACGGUCUAAUACUGUGCCCAUCGUCGCUAUAUGCGGAUAUUGCCCAGACAUUGGGGGAUUAUUUGCUGAAGGGAAAGCAAGAUUUUACAGGACAUCAAAUUGAUGUUUGUAAUAUGACUGUGAAUAAGGCCCUCAUUGUCACAGGGGCGGAGUCUCAACUGCUUCGUGCGUCGCUUGACAUGGACUGGGAUAAGGCCCGCGGCAUAAUGAAGGUGUACAGUGUUGAUAACUCCGGACAGCCCACAGCUGAUCAUGCACAGUGCGUUGUACAGUUGCACCGCACCAAGGACUGGCAUGACAACUGGGACCGCCAAUUGUACCUUAUCCAGCGCAGCAUCGCACAGCUGACGAAAGGCAUUGAGGAGCGUUUGACGCACAAGAUGCACCGUGGUCUCGUGUACAAGCUUUUCUCAUCUGUUAUGGAGUACGGGCGAUCAUACCAGGGCAUAGAGGAUGUCAUGUUCGACAGCGCUGGCCUAGAAGCCACAGCCCGGGUACGCCUACAGUCAACCAAAGGUCAAUAUGCUCUAAAUCCCUUCUGGUUAGACAGCUUCGGGCAUCUCACCGGCUUCGUCAUGAACUGCAAUGAUUCUUUGGACUUGACAGAGCACUUGUACGUCAAUCACGGAUGGGGCUUCAUGCGCUGCGCCGAGCGUUUCUCCCCUGACACGAUUUACCAAACUCAUGUCAAAAUGCAGCCUACUUCGGGCAGCAACUCUUUGUACACAGGGGAUGUUUAUGUUCUCCGGGAGAAUCGUAUAAUUGCACAAUUUGGAGCAGUCACAUUUCAGAGAGUCUCCCGGCGGGUCCUGGGAAUGCUGUUGCCAGCUACAAUAUCGAAAGGCAGUACUUCAGCUUUGAAACAUAAGAGCGUGGUUGCUGCACGACCGGGUCCUAUGCUAGAAGCCACAGAACCAGGUAAGCGUCAGCCAGCUGUAAAUGUCUGGCAAGAAGUGCUGGGAGUGAUUGCUCAGGAGGUUGGGCUCCAAUCCAGCCAGCUUACUGAAGAAGUGCACUUCGCUGACAUGGGCGUCGAUUCGUUAAUGUCUUUGACUAUUUUGGGUAUUCUUCGAGAGACUCUCAGUCUAGACUUGCCUUCACAUCUUUUUGAGGAGUGUCCGUCUGUUCAGUCUCUCCGCCAUUAUCUCGAAAUUCCUUCCCUAUCUGAUCCCAGCAGCAUUGGGACCAGCUGGUAUCCAACCCCAAGUGAGUCUGUCAUGACAGCUAGUACAUCACCCAUUGCGAAGCACACAAGCUCCUCUCGGGAUUCUGCGGUAGAUAUCGCCAACACUACUGUGCAAUUGGUAUUGUCUCUUCUAGCUGAGGAGAUGGGGUUAACUCCCCAGGAGCUGUCCAAGGAAGAUGACUUGACUGAGCUUGGGUUAGAUUCAUUAUUAGCGCUCACAACAUUAGGAAGAGCGCGCGAGAUGGGUCUGGAUCUGCCGCAGGGCUUCUUCCUACAACAUACCACCGUUUCAUCCAUUACGGCAGCAUUGCGUGCAAUACUUGGUUCCCCGAACGACGAUGUCCUACUCACCCCAGCCACCAUUCACCCCUCCGCAACAUCAGUCCUCCUCCAAGGAAACGAUUCCUGCUCACAGCUUCUCUUCUUGUUCCCUGAUGGCUCGGGCUCCUCCACAUCGUACGCAAUGAUUCCCACUAUCUCCCAAGAUGUAUGUGUCUACGCGAUGGACUGUCCGUAUUUGAAGCGACCGAAAGAGAUGAAGUGCGCACUCCAGGAUCUUACGCCUCUAUACGUAUCUGAAAUCCGGCGGCGUCAGCCACACGGGCCGUAUAACCUUGCUGGCUGGUCCGCAGGUGGGAUUGCGGCGUAUGAUGCAGCACAGUGUCUCGUCGAGCAGGGUGAGACAGUGGAGCGACUGAUAUUAAUAGAUUCGCCCAAUCCUAUGAAUUUAGAGAAGUGCCCGCCACACUUCUAUCGAUUCCUCGAACAAGCUGGCGUCUUCGGAAGCCACAGCGGACAGAAGCCUCCAGCCUGGCUUUUACAGCAUUUCCAAGCCUUUAAUGAUGUUCUCGAGCAGUAUAACCCAGUCCCAUUUUGCCCUACUCGCGCGGCCCCCGCCGCGACUCUUAUCUGGGCCCAGGAUGGCGUAUGCAAAUCGCCGACCAACCCUCGGCCGGAAUAUUCACCAGGAGACCCGGAGGUCAUCUCUUGGCUGUUGGAAAGCCGGGAAGACGUGGGCUAUAAUGGAUGGGACGUAUUAUUGGAGGAGAGCAAUAUCCGCAUUGAGCGUAUAGCUGGUGCCAAUCACUUUACAGUUGUACGAAUGCCGGCGGCCACGCGACUAGCGGAGAUAUUGCGCAAGAUUAUGUCAGAGUGA